AGUCACUGUGUGUUCCAGAGAGACUCCUGAACUCCUGCUGCUCUGUCUUAAACAAUGGCAUCAUCAGCCCCUCUGUCCAAGGCCAACACCAGCUUCUGUCUGGAUCUGUUCAAACAGCUGAGUGACAACGACAAGACAGCAAAUCUCUUCUUCUCACCUUUUAGCAUCUCCUCAGCCCUGGCUAUGGUGAUGCUGGGGGCCAGAGGCAACACACAGACACAGAUGUUAGAGGUCCUCGGGUUGUGUGAGGCAAAGAAGCUGCAGCCUGAAGAAGCACAGCAGCAACAGCAGCAACAGCAACAACAGCAGCAACAGCGACAACAGCAGCAGUGUCUGAAGACCCAGUGCUCCCAGGACGAUGUCCACGCUUCCUUCAAUGAACUACUGAAAGCACUGAACAAGGCGGAGGCUAAGUACUCCCUCAGUGUUGCCAACAGACUGUACGGGGAUCAGUCCUACCAGUUUGUAGAGUAUUUCUUAGAACAAACCAGGAAGUACUACAAUGCAGAGUUAGAGUCUGUUGACUUUAAAAUCAAUCAUGAGGCUGCAAGGCUGAAGAUCAACGACUGGGUGGAGAAAACCACACAAGGUAAAAUUCAGGAUGUGCUGGCCCAGGGUGUAGUGGACAACAUGACCAGUAUGGUGCUGGUAAAUGCCAUCUACUUUAAGGGCAACUGGGACAAGCCGUUCCAGGAGAAUGACACUGAAGAUGCUCAGUUCAGACUCAAUAAGAAUGAGACUAAGCCAGUGAAGAUGAUGCACCAGAAUGAUGAUUUCCCUUUGGGCUUGAUUGCUGAGAUCUCCUGCCAGGUCCUGGAGAUGCCUUACAAAGGGAAGGAGCUCAGCAUGUUCAUCUUUCUCCCCAUGGAUAUAGACGACAGUUCAACUGGUCUGGAGAAGCUGGAGAAGGAGCUGACCUAUGAGAAGUUUGUGGAGUGGACAUGUCCAGACAGGUUGACUCGCUCUGAUGUGAAGGUGGGCCUGCCUCGGUUCAAGAUGGAGGAGAGUUAUGACAUGAAUGAUGUCUUGGUCAGCAUGGGCAUGGUGGAUGGCUUUGAUCCAAAUAUGUGUGACUUCUCAGGCAUGUCUCCUUCCAACGACCUGGUGCUAUCAAGCGUUGUCCACAAGGCUUUUGUGGAUGUCAAUGAGGUGGGUACCGAGGCUGCGGCAGCCACUGCUGCUAUCAUGAUGCUGACCUGUGUACUAAGGCCUAGAGGCACCUUCAUUGCAGACCAUCCCUUCCUCUUCUUCAUCCGACAUAACCCAUCCAAGUCUGUUUUGUUUGCUGGCCGCUACAGCUCCCCUGAGUGAGCACUACAUUGCUGAGAAAAAUACAUUGUGAUCAUGUUAAGUGCAGGUAUAUGUAAUUGCACUACACAUAUAAAAUAAAUACUAAAAAGAACAAGAGUUUACAUGCAGUUUUAAACUAAGACCUGGUCAUUUUUGUCUUUUGC